AUGACUUCGGACACCGAUAUAUCUAAGACCGAUGCAGAUUAUUAUGUGACAGCUCUACAAAUUUUUGAAUAUUGUGGCGCUGAAGGCUCCGGUACUUUACGUGUGGACGCACUAAUGGAUAAAUUUGCGCCUUUUGUCAAAACUAACAAGUCGGAAUAUAGUUACCUGAAGUCACUUUUGGAUCCAGAGCAAGACAAUCCAGAGAUAAAUGUAACGAAACUUGCAAGAGCUUUGAAUAAAUAUAGCGAGAGCCAGAAGUCAAAAUUAGAUCUUGAUGAGAGUUUUAAUUUGAAGUGUGGUCAUGCACCUCAAGAUUCUGAUUCUGGAAUAUCAACUGAUGGUUAUCAAUUGCUAGAAGAGCUUCAAAGUGAGUUACGCGAAAAGUCCCACCUGGCGUCGCAGCUCCGCAGUCAGUUAGAAUUCACAGAUCGCCAGCACGAGGAGGUGCUCGCCGCGCUUGUUGCCGAGCGGGACUCGCUGCGUGCGCACCUUAAUAUACUCCGUGAAGAGAACAUAUCUCUGACUCAUCUCCGACGAGACUACGACGAGGUAUGUGAACGUCUCUGUACCAACGAGGCUGAGUUGGAGACAACUCGUCAUGACCUGGAUGCUGUCAGAAGGCGUGCUAAGCCGCUUGAUGAACAUCUUGCACAUCUGGAAGCUGAGAACGCUGCACUCCAAGAUCUCCUGAGUAAAUCCAAAGAGGAGUGCCACCGCGUGAACGAGAUGUACGCUCUCCGUCAGAGCGCCCUGCUCGAGGAGAAUGAGACCAUCAGGAGCUCGCACGCGGACCUGACCGCCCGCAUGCAGGACCAGGAGGAGUUCCUGCAGCAGAUCAUCAAGGAAAAGGUCCAAUUAGAGAUGGAAUUGAAGGACCUAUUGAACAAGUCUAAUCACACCCACCUUCGUUUAGACCGCUCCAUAGACGUCAGCUACACUGAAGAUCAGAUGCUGACAGCUUUAGAUAGCCUUAAUGCAGACAGUCGCUUCUCGCAAGAUGUAACUUCUGUGGCGACUCAAGUGGACGUGCCGUGUGCUGACUGCAUGAAGAGAAGCGCCAACGCUUCGCCCCGCGGCCUCCGUCGAUAUUUCUGGGAUCCGCUCAAGUGUCUGUUCCAAGUGUUCGCUGUGAUCUGCUUCUUAUGUGCCGUAUCAGCACUCUACGGCGUGUCUCGUCGCCCUCAUCAGCGCUGCGAACAGCAACACGUGCCCUGGAGGUGGAUACACGCUCAGGAUAUACUCGAUCUGUUGCUCAGGAUCGACUACCUAGCCGAAGUGCCUAUGUAA